GUUGUGUGUAUGUGUGUAGGCAGCCAGUGGGGAUCUCAGCUGUGUUGGUACUGAUGAAGUGGAGAAGACGUGGUCAUUCACCUACUUCAUGGGCCAGUACAAUACUCUCAUCGAGUGGCUACACAGCAUCCAAGAGGCAGUGCAUCUCGAAGCAACUGAACAUGAGCCCCACGUAGCAGAGAUGCAGCAGAGGAGCCACCUGCGGGCACGCUUUAACGAGAAUGCAGAGAAGCUCUCGCGCCGCUACCCAAACAUGAAGGACGAGGUGAACUGGCGCGUGAACUUGCUCAACCACAAGUGGGACACACUAGAGUGCGUCAUCACACCGAAGAAGGGCAGCAAGAAGAAUGACGACAAGCUCUUCGCAGAUCUUGAGGAUGACAUCUGGAAUGUUCGGCAAUGGUUAGGAGAAGUAGACGAAAAAAUGAAAAAUGGACCACCAGAUGACAGCACAUGGACAUUACAGCAGUUGGAGGACAAACUGAAAGAACAAAAGCUGACUCAGGUGGCGAUCGAGUCGCGCUCGAAGCUCAUCUGUGGAUUGCUGAAGCUGUGCGACCACCUGCAAGCCGACAACAAGGUCUACCCGUCCUCGAUAGACGUUGACUCGGUGCAGGCCGUCGUCUACCAGCUCGAACGCCGCUGGCACGCCCUCUGGCUGCAGAGUCUCGAGUUCACGUUCCGGCUGGAGCAGAUGAUCAGGGACUGGCAGGAAGGAAAACCAGGUGAGGGCACCACAGUCUGCCAGCAGGAACAAGACAUCAGUCUUCCCGAGGUUGUGCGAGGAGAAGGAUCGGAGAGCGAUCGCAGCGACGUGAUCCCGUUUUCCGCAGAGGAAUACGAACGAUUCUCAUCUGACAUGGACCAGAGCACUGACUUCCACCCCGCCGUCGAUCGCCGGUCGACGCCCGCUGCGGAUGCCCUGCACAGGUGGCAGCACAAGAGCACGAUGGUGGGCGACACGGGCAUGCAGGACCUUCACAGCGCCGUCGCGUGCGGCACCAAGUUUGAACUCGUCGUGAAAGACAUCGGUUACUCGAGUGAGAGCUCUCUGCACUGCUCUAACGACGAGCUGGAGCGUGUGGGGAGCGUGGCGCGCGCCGACCCGCGGCCGCACGGUGGCACCCCUGAGCAGCCGCACGUGGCAGAUGGCUGGUGGGCAGGGAGUAGUGCGCGGGGUCGUGUCGGCGAGGAUGCUGCGCAUGUCGACGUCCUGCCCAGGGCUUUGCCAUCGUCGCUGUUUUACGAGGUGAAUCCUGCCGUCGAUGGAAACUCAGAGGGCGACGAAGAGAUCCAAGCGCCCCCUGGUGCACGGAAAUCUCUGCGUUUCAGCGUGGAAGAUCAGACUCGAACUCGACUCGAUUUCGUCGCACAGAGUACGGAGACACACGUUGAGACACUGACACCCGUUAUUGAUGGAGUUGAUCACGGGCGAGCAUCUGCGAUGCAGCCUGCCGCAGACCCAGACGUAUCUCGCAGGGGCACACUGUUGACACUGCCCUCUGGUGACUCGCUGUCAGCUUCCAAUGUACAGUUGUUCUUUCCCUGCGAUGUUCCGACCAACGCGAACGACUCUAUGUUCGUGAACAACGGCAGCUUCCUCGACCUGAACGCGUCAUCCGAGACGCGCGCGGUGUGCCUCGACGCACAAACGCGACUCGAACACCAGGUGGCGCUGAUGCGCUUCGAGGAGCGGCUGCUUGCCAUGCAGCAUGUGCCACAUGCAGGUCAUGACCUCGACACCAGCAUCACCUGGGCGGAGCGACCAGCAGUUAGCAUCGACGCUGUCACGGUGAUCGCGUGCGAGACCGAUGCACUCAAGACGACGACGACAACCAUGCAGUACGACGUGCGAGCCAUCACAACGUGUAAUCAGAACGACACCGUGCCGCCGUGGGACGGAUAUGGGAAGAAUCCGCAGUCAAAAGACAUCCCUGGUAGUAGCCAACCGAUGCGGGACAGCUCCUGCGAUGCGUCGGGGGAUUACACCAGCGAGGCGACGGACGCUUCGGGCGAAAACACGAGCGACUCUGACAACGACGACGAAAUCUCAAGCGAGGAUGAGAGUGCGCGCGGCAGCGUGAUCGCUGUCGAUCCGCCACGCGAUGGUGGCGCCCUCACAGUGCCGCGCGAUGGUGGCACCCCUGCCGUGGCUGUGCGGCGGCGGCGGCGGGCCGGUUCGGAGCAGCGGCCACGCAGCAUCGAGUACGCACGCGCACCAUGGCCCCUUGACGCGUCGCCGCUGUCGACGUCAGACAACGUGCUGUACGUGCUCGCCAGCAGCACGCCGACCACCACGCCAGGGGGCGCCACAGGACAGAAGCUGCGGCGCUCGCAGGGGAAGCUGGAGCUGAGGCAGGAGCGGAGGAGGAGAGGGAGGCGGGGAACGCUGCGCAGGACGCAAUCGGACAGCCCGGGUAGCUCAACGCACACGAUCCCACAUUCCCUGUCGGCUAACUCCGGGCUUGCGUACCUGCAGCAGGUGACGCCCAGGUCUGCCAGUGAUGGUGCUAAAGAUGACUAUGUCGGUAAUCUUACCGAGGAUGGCACUGCGUUCCCUGUCUGCCCAACAUCAGUGCCAGCUAUGGCACCAACUGCCCUCUUUGCCGGAGAUGCCGCAGCAGGACUCAUUGACAGUGGGACGAAUGUUCAAGCUUCUGGGAAUAUUAGCGAUACUGAAAAGCAGUUUGUGCCAGGAGUGGAAACAGUGAGUUCGCUAUCAGAUGCUGCAUGGGAUAAUUACCAGGAGCCACUGUACAUUAACAGUGUUGAUACUGACCAGUCUGCAUGGCGGGAGGUAGCUAGGAAGAUGAUUGAGCAGUAUGGGGAGGACUACCACGCCACCAUACCGCUCGAGUCGGACAGUGGCAGCGAGGUGCACUCGGUAGACUCACCACUCAGGGCGGUUACAAAGCAUGCCAGUAGUACGCCGAGCAGAAAGGAUAUGUCCGCACACAGCAGCGGUCAUCCUAUACCACUGGACUCUGACUCUGACUCUGACCUUGAGGAUUUGCACUACGUUAUCGACGAGUCCAGCAGCCAGAUCCACGUGGCUCAAGCCGCUCUGAUCCGGCUACAGCAGGACGCUGCCGGACAGCCGCUCGACCCGCAGAAAUACGCUGAGUUGCUAGCAACGUGUGAGACAAACAUCAAGUGUCUUCUAGUGAUUUCCGACCAUCUCAGCAGCAGCAGCAGUGUUGUCAGUUUCUUGGAGGAGGACAUAGUAACACUGUCUGACUUGGUCGGAUGCUGGGAGGAGCUACAGAGGAAGGCGUUAAGCAGUCAGCAGCAGGCGGCUGAUGUGCUGGCACUGCGCAGGGAGCUGUGCAGCGUGAGGAGUCGUCUGCUACUCGUGUGCACGCGCGGCAUCGUCGGCAGCGAGACAGAUGUGUUCGCGACCUACAGCAGUCUGGAGGUCGCCAUCCGCAUGCUGCAGGAGAGGCAGGUGCAGCUGGAGGAAGUGAAGACAAUCUUGACUGCUGUCAACGUGACACUUCACAGGUUCAUGGUUCAGCAUCCUGAUGUUGACGUCAGCAAGAUCCAGGAUGAAGUGACAGAGCUUUACCGCAGAUGGGAUGAACAGCAACAUAGCGACUCGGUGUGGUUGGGACAGCUAGAAGGAGCUCUCAAGUGCUGGCACAACAUUCGAGAUGGCUUGAUGCAGCUGCAGGGUCUUCUGAGCAGCACAGAGACAGAGAUGCUGCUACUGGAGGAGUCGAUAAAUCUUGAUGGCUCUGGCACAAUCUCCGUGGCACCUGCAGAAGCUCAGCUACGUGAUGCCAUGGUGCUUCAGGAUGAGGUGUGCAGCAUGAGCAGUCGUAUGAGCGCGUUGUCAACACUGGCACUAGACAUAGUGGCAGGAGAAGCACGCCCGAUGGAGGACAGCGAGCUAAUGCAGGACCUCAGCAAGACGGAAACGGUGCUUACAACUCUGAGGCUGAAGGUCGAUCUGCUGGUCGGGGCUCUGGAGGCGCGUGUCCGCCUCGCGACAGAUGGUCACGACGGCUGCGACCCGACACUCACCGAGUUACACGUCGUGGAUGCGGUCGAUAGUGGGGUCAGCGUCUCGGGCGAGUCCAUCGAUAGUCUGAGUCCCCGGUGGAACGUGCAGGUUUCCACCAGUAGGUGUACAUCCAAGAAGGAUGCAGCAACCACGGGCUGGGGUUCCUAUAUUUGCCGCGUGAUGAAGGCAUCCAUUGCACCGUGGCUCCUCGUGGUGGGAAUACUCAUCAUUCCCUUGUUGCUAAGGCCGGACUGCUGUGAUGAGGCAAAUACCUAUCAGUGGAUGUGGAAUCCUAGUCUGCUUCACCAGGGCUACCCCGCACCAACCUAGACCAUGUAGAAACCACUUCAAUGUAAGCACACACAGCGAUAUGAAAGUCUGAAUGCACUUAUUAGGUAUGGACCGUUGAUCAGUUUGCAUUAUUUAUAGGUGUGCAAUAAUAGCAUUUUGGGUUAUAUCAAAUGUUUUUAUCCUACUUGGCCUUUUAUUAUAUGAAAAAGUGAAUCAGACAAUUCUAUACAGACAUUAACAUAAUAGUAACAUUAUACACACAGAAUUGUAUCUUCCAUUAAUGUUACUAUUAUACUGACAAAGUUGCCCAUAUGCAUGACAGUUUUGGUAUAUGGUCUUCAUCCAUGGAGAUGUGUUGUCCUAACUUGUGCUUGUAAAUACUUGUGUAAUAAAUUCUAAACUCUCAGGAGAUAUAGCAUAUACACAAGUUUGUUUUUACCAUAAUAUUUUAUCAUGUGUAAUUUACUAACUUUGACAUCGUGUGUAGUGAAGAGUAAAUAGUUGAAUGAUCUGUUCUUAUUCAUGGAAUGGGUAUAUCUAUUUAUUGUAUCAUGGAUAUUAACAAGUGAGUUGGGGCAGCUUGGAAGGAGAAUCAGGUUUGUAAAUAUAAGUAUUUGUACUUGUACAAAUUUAAAUUUGCAUUAUAGUGUGGAAGGUUUAGAUAUGUGUUAACUGUAGUUAAAAAUUCAUGUGUAUCAUGUAUGUAAGUAGUGGUAUUUUUGGCUAGUUAAUGAAUCUCAAGUGUGAAAUUUUGUGUCAUCACAAGGUUGUGAUUCAUACUAAAAGUAUGCCUCAUGUUUCAUUACAUCAAGCAUGGUUUAUUAUUAGCCGUAAUUAAUAUUAUAAUGAUAUAUCUAUAUGGUCAAAAUAUUGUACUGUACAUCAUUAUUAGCCUAUUGGUAAUAUCAGAAGUAGAUAAUAGGGAAUUUAUUCCCUAUUAUCUACUUCUAGUAAUAUCAGGAGUAAGAUAAUAUAGGUUAAAUCUCUUGGUUAUAUAUACCUAUAUUAUCUUACUCCUGGUAAUAUGUUGUACCGUAUUUGGCACCAGCGUAAAUUUGACUUGACUUGACUCAAUUCCACGCCCAUACAGACGUGGAAUACAAGAUGUGCUUGAACAUGAAAACGUCCACGAUUUUUGUGCAAUUUAUAUUAUGUACUUUUACUAUUGAGAGACAUUACUAUGAUAUUCUUAUUGUAUAAAAACAAAUCAAUUGUCGGUAUAUACCUGUUUACCUUUUCCCUCAUAUUAACUCAUCAACUGUACAGUAAUAAUGUAUAGAUAGACUAUAAAUUCGUCUGAUAUUUUUAGAAGAACUAGCAUCAGGGAUUUUAUUAAUCAUGAAAGUCUUGUCCUUAAAAAAAGCGAUUCGUCAAAAUGCAUUUUUUGUACGGACAUUCACAAGUGUAAAUUAGGUAAACUAUAAUUCUUGACGUAUUGCUAAUUUAUUUAAAGGUAUAUAUUAUGAGCGAUAUGAUAAUUUGGUUUUAUUCCAGUCGGCAGCAUUGCAAACGUAAAUGUUAUCUAGUAGGAGUUUUUAUAUAAAAUUGACAAUUUUAUGCUAUUCUGCGUUAUCAUGCGCAGCACGUCGGACGAAAAGUGAAUGGCAGUAAAGGGGCAUGAAAUUGAUCUUGAACUGCAGUGGAAACUUAGCAUAGCUUGUUAUAAAACUUGCAUUUGCAUGCGAAUGUAUUCUGCCACCGGUGUAUGACACCGAGCUAAUUCUCACGUACUUUGUCUUUAUAUAUAUUUAUAUGUAUUUAGAUCAGCACUUGUAAGCGAGCACCUUUCAAGUUUAGUCUACUAUGCUAUUGAUUGUUUCUCCAGAAAUUAUACUGCGCUCGAUCAUUUAUUUGUUUG